AGUGUGAAAUCCGACACUAAAAUCAAAGAAAUGCAAGUUCCAAAAACAGUGCUAGUAUGAGGCCAUUACUUCACAGCCUGUAAGAGGCCAUGGAAUUCUGCAAAGAAGCCGACAUUUCAAGAUAAUUCCAAGCACCCCAUGUGGGUCUCUCCUUUUAUUCUCAUCGGUCUUGGGUCAUUCUGGUUGUCACUGGCUUGCUCUUGUGCUCAGUUUCUCUGUUCUCCCCCUGAUUUCGAGGCCCUUUACUGAGAAAAUCUCAACUUUCCUGUAUAUUUGGUUUCUAUCAUGUGGGAAUCAGAGUCUGAGUCAGUUACAGGCCGAGACUAUGGGAAUGGUGUUCUUAGUUCAAGCAAGCAUGGCCUCAAGACUGACGGGUUUGAGCUAAGGGGCCAGUCUUGGUAUGUUGCAACUGAUAUUCCUAGUGACCUUCUAGUUCAAGUUGGGGGAGUUAAUUUUCACUUGCACAAGUAUCCCUUGCUUUCUAGGAGUGGAAAGAUGAACAGACUCAUAUAUGAAUCACGCGACCCAGAUUUGAGCAAGAUAGCUCUUGAUGAACUGCCCGGUGGACCUGAUGCUUUUGAGUUAGCAGCAAAAUUCUGCUAUGGGAUUGCUGUUGAUCUAUCAGCAGCCAAUAUCUCUGGCCUGAGAUGUGCUGCAGAGUAUCUUGAAAUGACAGAGGACUUGGAAGAAGGAAAUCUUAUAUUCAAAACUGAAGCAUUUCUAAGCUAUGUAGUUCUAUCCUCAUGGAGGGACUCUAUAAUAGUGUUGAAAAGCUGCGAGAAGCUCUCACCGUGGGCUGAGAAUCUUCAAAUUGUCAGAAGAUGCAGUGAGUCCAUUGCUUGGAAGGCUUGUGCCAAUCCAAAAGGAAUCAAAUGGGCAUACACUGGGAAGACCCAAAAAGAUUCCAGCCCGAAAUGGAAUGAUCACAUGAAGGAAUCCAGCCCCAGUAGAAAUCAGCAGGUUCCUCCUGAUUGGUGGUUUGAAGAUGUUUGUAUUCUUAGGAUUGAUCAUUUUGUCAGAGUGAUUACUGCCAUUAAGGUAAAGGGGAUGAGAUUUGAACUAAUUGGGGCUGCAAUAAUGCAUUAUGGAGCUAAAUGGCUUCCGGGUCUGAUAGGCGAUAUGACGGCGGCUGCUGGAGAUGAAGGAAGCAAUAGCGGCAACAGUAAUACUAGUACUAGCAUCAGUAGCUGGAAGGGCGGGCUGCAUAUGAUUGUGGCAGCAACUAAAGAUGAUCUUACCACUGUUCAGGCAAAAGAUCAACGGAUGAUCAUUGAGAGCCUCAUCAGCAUAAUUCCACCACAGAAGGAUAGUGUGUCAUGCAGCUUCCUACUUCGGCUUUUGAGAAUGGCAAACAUGUUGAAAGUUGCUCCUGCUUUGAUAACAGAAUUGGAGAAACGAGUGGGAAUGCAGUUUGAGCAGGCUACAUUGGCAGAUCUUCUUAUUCCUUCUUACAACAAAUGUGAGACAAUGUAUGAUGUCGAUCUUGUCCAUAGACUUUUGGAGCAUUUUCUAGUUCAAGAACAAACAGAAAGUUCAAGUCCAAGCAGACAACCUUUUUCUGACAAACACAUGUAUGAAGGUAGUCUUAGGGGUGCCAAUUCAAACCCCAAGAUGAGAGUGGCAAGGCUUCUUGACAGUUAUCUUACAGAGGUUUCCAGAGAUCGAAAUCUCUCCCUAACAAAGUUUCAGGUGCUGGCGGAAGCUUUGCCUGAAUCUGCAAGGACCUGUGAUGAUGGACUUUACAGAGCAAUUGAUUCUUACCUCAAGGCACAUCCAACACUAUCUGAGCAUGAAAGGAAACGACUUUCCCGUGUUAUGGAUUGCCAGAAGCUCUCAAUUGAUGCAUGCAUGCAUGCUGCACAGAAUGAACGGCUUCCAUUAAGAGUUGUGGUGCAAGUCCUCUUCUCUGAGCAGGUAAAGAUAAGCAAUGCAAUAGCUGCCAGCUCCCUGAAAGAAGCUAGUGAAUCUCAGUACCAGCCAAUGGUUUUAAACCGGAAAACACUACUUGAAGGGACCCCACAAUCAUUCCAAGAAGGAUGGUCGGCUGCCAAAAAGGAUAUCAACACACUGAAGUUUGAGCUCGAGAGUGUGAAAGCCAAGUACCUUGAGCUCCAGAAUGAUAUGGAGAAUCUACAGAGACAGUUUGAAAAAGUGUUAAAGCAGAAACACACAUCAGCAUGGAGCAGUGGGUGGAAGAAACUAAGCAAACUUACGAAGAUGACUACUUUAGAAAACCAGGAUAUUGGGCCUCAGCUCCCAGCCGGGGCAGAACAGACUAGAAAGACACCUAGAAGGUGGAGAAACUCAAUAUCCUGAUCAUAGAUUAGAAAAUUGCAAUCCCCAAGAAAAAGAUACAUCCUAAAUUUUGAUCUUCUGUCCCAAUAGUUCUUUCUUUUCCUUUUUUUUUUGUUUGGUUUUUCUUUUCAUUCAUCCGUGGGAGUAAAUGGAGCCUUUAUUUACAUAGCACCUACUCUUGAGAACUCGCUUGAUUACAAUAUGUCACCAAAAUCUGUUAUUGUGUCUGUUGUGAAUUUUUUUUUUUUUAA